GUCCUAGGGGAGUUUUCUUGGGACCACGUUGCCCAAGAAAACGGAGGAGGUCCACGUGGACCUCCUUAACAGUUUUCGUGAUCUGUGCAGUGCAUUUGUUUCUGAUUAAGGAAUGAACUUGCUCUCCCCAGGACACAUCAGCUCCAGGCUACCACUGUGGGGGUGCCCUGGAAUGGUGCCACGAGCCUCAACACGGGCACAGCUCCCUUGUGCCCUUCCUCCAAUCUGAGAGCCUUUGCUUCAGCCCUGUGAAUCAGAAGCCUCACCAUGUCCCUUUUGUCCUCCUGCCAGAACUGGGCUGAGAGAGAUGGUCACUGGCCAUCUGCACAGCCCAGGCUCUUCUCUGGAGCAACCUGAGGGUGCAGCUAUCCUCCAGCAGAACAAGGGGCAGCACGGGGCAGAACCACAUUCCCAGAAGUACCAGAUGCCCAACAGCAGCUCCAUCAGUGAGUUCCUCCUCCUGGUGUUGGCAGACACGCGGCAGCUGCAGCUCCUGCUCUUCUGGCUCUUGCUGGGCAUCUACCUGGCUGCCCUCCUGGGCAACGGCCUCAUCAGCACAGCCGUAGCCUGCGACCACCGCCUGCACACCCCCAUGUACUUCUUCCUCCUCAACCUCGCCCUCCUCGACCUGGCCUGCAUCUCCACCACUCUCCCCAAAGCCAUGGCCAAUGCCCUCUGGGACACCAGGCACAUCUCCUACGCAGGAUGUGCUGCUCAGGUCUUUUUCUUUCUCUUCUUCAUCUUUGCAGAAUAUUCCCUUCUCACCGUGAUGUCCUAUGACCGCUACGUUGCCAUCUGCAAGCCCCUGCACUACGGGACCCUGCUGGGCAGCAGAGCUUGUGCCACCAUGGCAGCAGCUGCCUGGAGCACUGGGCUUCUCUAUGCUCUGCUGCACACUGCCACUGCAUUUUCAAUACCUCUGUGCCAAGGCAAUGUUGUGGAUCAGUUCUUCUGUGAAAUUGCCCAGAUCCUCAAGCUCUCCUGCUCAAAAUCUGACUACAUCAGGGAAGUUGGGAUUAUUUAUUUUAGUCUUUGUUUAAUCUGUGGGUGUUUUGUUUUCAUUGUUUUGUCCUAUGUGCAGAUCUUCAGGGCUGUGCUGAGGAUGCCCUCUGAGCAGGGACGGCACAAAGCCUUCUCCAUGUGCCUCCCUCACCUGGCCGUGGUCUCCCUCUUUGUCAGCACAGCCAUGUUUGCCUAUCUGAAAUCCUCGUCCAUGUCUUCUCCAUCUCUGGACCUGCUGGUUUCAUUUCUGUACUCAGUGGUGCCUCCAGCAGUGAAUCCUCUCAUCUACGGCUUGAGAAACCAGGAGCUCAAGGCUGCAGUGAGCAAUACAUACUUCUACAGCAUCCAUAAGAUGCAUGGUAGUUUAAGAGGAGUCCCAAGGUAACUCUGUAAUUGUUAGGACAAUCUCUUAUUAUUUGUCUUCAUUAUUGUUUUCACAGGCACAACUUUGAUUUUGGAAGUGUUAUUCUUGGCCUGCUACAUUUCUGUAGUGUUGUGACACACUCAUCUCAUGUACCUGUAGAACAAAUCGCUCUGUUGAUAAACACAAUAAAGAAGCCAGCAGAAAUUC